UCAUCCUGCUUGUAUAACUUAUCAGUGGAUGGCCUGGCUGAUCUUAUUUUAUUCCUUACUUAUUUAUUAGGCGGCGUUUUAGUUGUGUAACGUUCUACGUUAUACAACUCUACAGUAUUUAUUAUGGCCAGCCUGUCCACAGCCGCAGACACGCACGCGGAGCUACUGAUGGAGGGGAGUAGGCUCAAGACUUACCGCCAGAAGAUGCUCGCCGAGAAACAACAGCACGACUGGGAAAUGAAACUGUUGGAGAAAGAAAGACAAAUCGCCUGGAACUCCGACAGGGUCGAACAUGGCAGGCUGUUGUCUCGCCUGGAGAAAAUAAACAAGCGGAUUUUGGAGAUAAACAAGGAAAAUUCCAGACGACAGAACUUGCAGACGGGGGCUAUGCUCCUGUUGGAUAACAACACACUCUCACAGGGAGAGCUCACACACAACGAGCACAAAAUAUCAUCUCAGAAACCGGGCAACAACAAGAAAAAAACAUUCAUAUCCAACAGACAGUUUUUUUCGUCGGCCUUGUCAGGUGUUAAUGUUGAUUCGGGACAGGCACUACAGACAGCCGUACCUGGGUGCCAUCUCCCGUUGGUAUCUCAGAAAACAACAACCAAUGACCGCCGCGCCAACAGUAGUUUUGGUGACUCAGAGCUAGUAAAUUCAAAGAACCUGCCCUCGAUAAAGAAGGGGAAUCACAACUUAGGUUCCUCAGAAACCACCGUGCCCGAAGAAGCCAAGGACUCGAUUAAACCCAGGAUACUUCGUCGAAAGAGCAUGGACCCCCAGCUACUUGCAUCCCUCUUGAACGUGGACGAGUCUUCCGUUCAAAAACAGAAUCAGGUUUUCCAGAGAGCGAGGCUGAACUCUGAUGCUGCUCUCAGGGUGAACUGUGCAGACGGUACGCCGGAAAAAUCAGAAGUAAACGGGAGAAAGAAGAAGUUUCAACGCAGGGCGAGCAUAGCGUCGAUGCACAUGCCGAGUGAUCUGGUAAAAAUCGGCUUCCCUGAGCUGAGAACCGGGGCACAACUGUCGAGCAGAGGGGCAGGCGACGAGGACUUCCCGGCGAGCCGCAGUUUUGUCUCUCGGGCCCGGAGAAGCUCUCUACCGUCUGUGCCCACCACGGAUCACGGCAAGUUUGCGAACCUGGGUUUGACUGCUACACGGAGGAUGAGCGUCGGGUCGAUACCAAGGAUGAAAACCUCGUCGUUGGACAAGCUCGACAACGUGUUGGAAGAAAGCUAGGAACAUCUACAGCACUCCGAACGGGAAGAAGCGGUGAGGAAUUUGAAACAGAGCGUCAAGUCGAUCGAUUGUAGUUUGCCAUUUUCCCUACAUAAGAAAGAGCAAUGAGAACAUUGGAAGGUAUCAACGCAGGCUCAACAAGGCGUCAUUGGUAAAUAUAUAAAUGCAUGUAUUGGAACAUAAGGUUCAUGUAACACAAUCUAAAAGUCUUACACCUGGCCAAAGUUUCGGUGACUUGCCACUUGCCUUUAUUAGGGAGUACUGAAUAGUGCUAUGUCGGCUCUUCGGCGCAUGGUGGCGCUGUGGCAAGGAUGCGUCUCAAACGUGAUAGCGUCUAUAUAGAAUAUGGGGCGAAUGUUAAUCUCCAAGCAGAUCCCUCUCGGUGGCAAAAAGACAGUAUCAAAUUGGCCAGGCAGUAUCCAUUA